CUAUUUCCGAAGUGGUGCAAUCAUAUUUGUAUAAAUCGAAGACACGCCACACCAAAGGAACGUGAAUCGCUAUCGUUAAUACUUUAAACUAUACCGUGCCACAUGAGGUUAAAAUGGGUAAGCCAAAGAAGGGAAAGAAGGCAAAAAAUGAAGAUUUUAACUCGGAUGAAGAGAUAGACUUGGAUCCUUUAUCUAAGCCAUCAACUGGUCCAGAAGAAGAUGAUAUGUUAGCUGCUGUAGCCAAACCAAGUAAAAAAGGAAAGAAGAAUAAACGAAAAGAUGACAACUGGGAAGAUGAUAUUCUGAAUGAUAUUGAAUCUUUGAAGAUUGAUUCCGGAAUGAAGAGUACAGAACCAGUGGCAGAACCAGUAAAAAUGGUCAAACCUGAACCAGCUAGUGAAAUUGAUCAACUAGAAGCAUUUGCAGAUGAAAUGGGCUUUGAAGACAAGAAAGGGAAGAAAGGGAAGAAAUCAAAAAAGAAGAAGCAGGAAGAGGAACUUGAUGAUUUGGAUUCUCUAGUGAAUGAAAUUGAAACACCAAAAGAAGAAACGAGUAAAAAGAAGAAG